CUAGAUUUUCAUCUUUACACGCAGUAUCUGCGGACCGCUUCGUGAAGUCACACGGCAGAUCAUGUCAGAGUGGCCGCUCUAAAACCAGCACCGUUAGCCCAGAGAAGGGGUAGUGUACACCAUACUGAACACGGCUUCCUGUCAAUAUCUGACUAACGUUAUACCAGACGACACGACGAAUUGGAAACCGAUCACUGAGCCCCAUAAAUAGUAAUCAACAGUAUGAAUGCGGUGUUAACACAGAGAAGAGACGUUAGCAGUCCGGAUACGGAUCCGAAGUCAAACGGUCAUUCCAGCACAGAGACGAUAACACAUGGUGCUGACGUCUUUGUCAGUAGUUUCCACGAGUACAAAGAAGGAUACGAGAAACUUACCCAAAACAAACUAUCCCGGGAUCUACGUCGGUGUCUCAGUCGAACAGUUCUGCCCUUAGUACUAAUCACGUUGAUGCCAAACUUCGUCCUUAUACUUUGGUACACGGCUGUCCAGUCAGACGGCAACUUUACAAACAUUAUCCGAUAUUUAGCCAGCCAAGGUGUGAUAGACGGCCUGACGGAGAUGUGGAGUUCAGUCCGGAUCUGUAGUCCGCUUUCUGUCAGCUUGGUCUUAGGCUACGCCGUCUGGGGACUGGUGAUGAUGAAGUUUCUCCCUGGCAAAGACGUGGAAGGUCCGUUAACUCCCAAAGGCAAUACCCCAGUAUAUAAAGACAAUGGUUUUCUGUACUACGUCACAACGAUGAUGACUUUCUUCGCGUUGGCUUUCGCUUUGAAAUUGACAGGAUACACACCGUCAGUGGUGUAUGACAGCUUUGGGGAAAUCCUAACCACUUUAAACGUGUUCAGUUUGGUGUUUUGUAUUGGCCUGUACUUGAAGGGAAUCUACUCCCCAUCGUCAUCAGACUCGGGCUCCACGGGCAAUGUCAUCUUCGACUAUUACUGGGGCACCGAGUUGUAUCCGAGAAUCUUGGGCUUCGACGUUAAGGUGUUCACGAACUGCCGAUUCGGCAUGAUGGUCUGGGCUCUGCUGGUGGCCAUCUUUGCUAUGAAAAGUUUCGAGCUGCACGGAAUCGUGGAUAGCAUGAUCGUGUCCUCUGUACUCCAGCUUGUUUACAUCAGUAAGUUUUUCUGGUGGGAAUCUGGUUACUUGAGAACUAUUGACAUAAUGCUAGAUCGCGCCGGUUUCUACAUAUGCUGGGGUUGCCUAGUGUACAUCCCAGGACUGUACGCAUCCGUUAGCCUAUACUUAGUAAGUCACCCAAUUAAACUUGGACCAUUCUGGUCAGCACUCAUACUGGGGACAGGCCUGGUCUCGGUUUUCGUAAACUACAAAGCCGAUAUGCAGAAACAAGAGGUGCGCUACGCCAACGGGGACUGUUUGGUUUGGGGAAGAAAACCGGAAAUCAUCCGUGCGAAAUAUCAACUGGAGAACGGCGAAGAACGGGAGAGCAUCCUGUUAGCUUCCGGUUGGUGGGGUCUGGCACGACAUUUUCAUUAUGUGCCGGAACUGUUGCUGGCCUUCAUGUGGACAGUGCCGGCACUAUUUAGCCAUAUUAUGCCAUACUCUUACGUCAUCUUCUUGUUCAUCCUGCUGACCCACAGAAGUUACCGCGACGACAAUAAGUGUGUGAAAAAAUACGGGAAUUUCUGGCAGGAAUACUGUAGACGAGUUCCACAUAGGAUAGUACCUUAUUUAUUCUAAGGGCAUUAUGCAUGGUGUUUGACAUUCGCUUUUAACACAUUUAAAAGCUCUAAUUAAUGAUUGUGAUAUAUAACAGCUAUAGAAGACUUUUGGAUAGGACAAAUCGCAAUAAUAAUUAAAGUAUUAUGACUGUUUGGGGUUUUCUUCACUGCUAUACCUAUUACAUAUGAAAACAGUAGAUACAUUUAAAUUUGAUUAACACAAAAGUUUUAUUAAAGUGAUAAUAUCAAUUUUUGUGGAUUUAUUAACCACUUCAAGUAAUUACUCGAGCACACUUAGAACUGUAAUAUCACAAGGACAUUCAUUAUAAUUAAAGAUUCAUUUCAAAGAUGGCUGAGAUAAAAUUUGUAACAUAUGAUAACUGAAAUUUGUCAAAAUUAAUGUGUUGUCCUCUGGUUGUAUAACAUCAUUUUAUAGAGAAUUGAUACAAAUUAGAUAUAUACACUUCUAAUAACAUAAAAAAGGUACCUGAUGAAUGAAGCAUAAAAUUUAGUUGAAAUCGAUAGUCACAGUGGUCAAUGCAUGCUGUACUGGUAUAUUUGCUAUUCCAAUGUUUGUAAUGCUUGGUGAACAUUUUUCUUGCGCACGACACAGGGCUACGCAAUAGUUUUAAUUAUCUCGCCAGCGGGGAGAUUUGACGGUCUUAUUGCAUGUUAAUAGUGCAAACACAUAGGUUACAUUUUAAUAGCGUGAUAUUGCAAUAUUUGA